AACCUAGGCCUCAGUCUAAUUUACACACCGGUGCGUUAAUCGUGCAUUCAAAUCCAACUAAAAGCUUCAUUUCAAUAGUAUAAUUACAAGAGUAAUUAUUGAAAAUUCUGGCCUCUGAUUGGUCGAGCGACUUCGUGUUAUUACGCGAUCGAUAAUAGCCUUAAAACUACUUUGCAGGAUGCUUUCAAUUUUAUUUUACCAAAACAUUGUUUUAUUUGAAUCGUCAUGAAAAGUGUCGAAACAUUUGUUUAUGUUUGUAAAACAUGCAUUUUCUACAACAGAUUUGAAAACCACUUUUUGUAAUAAUACUAAAAACAAUUAUUCACCUCAGGCUCAGUGAAUAUCCCUGAUAUUCAUCUCACCUUCGGCGGAUAAUUGUUACAUAUUCGCUUCUUUUCAAAUAACAAAAUAUCGUUGGCCACUAGGAAUUAUCAAAGUUGCGUGUUUUUACAUCUGUAUAGUGUAUACAGGGAAGCGUGUUUCGAUCAAUGGUUUCGAUUGUUUUCGAAGAUUUUCUUACAUGAAGUUCUUCUAAUUAACAACUAAUAGUUUUAAUUUUUAUAAAUUAUAUAAUGUUUCUAAUUAUUACACAGGAAUGAAGAGAUUAUGAGUUAUGAAUAUGGCGAAUGUCAACAAUCAAGGAAGAUCGACUGCUCUACAAUCUGGAGUAUAUACCACAUAUUUUGGAGGUGUUAAAAAAUUACUAUCAGAAUAUUUUAGUACACUGGUCAUUCCUCAAGAUCUUCCAGAUCAACAUGAAAAGGUUGCAAUAGUUACAGGCUCAAAUAAAGGGAUUGGAUACGAAACUGCCAAAUCGUUAUGCAAACUAGGAGCGCAUGUUAUCAUGGCUUGCAGGUCAAGUGUGUCAGCAAAUUUAGCAAUAGAGAAAAUCAAGAAAGAAAUACCAAAUGCUCAAGUUGAAUUUAUUAAACUGGACUUAUCAAGGUUAUCAUCAGUCAGGGAAUUUGUUACACUGUUUAAAAAAAGGAAACUUCCACUACAUAUAUUAAUCAACAAUGCGGGCGUUAUGAUCACACCUUAUGAAAAAACAGAAGAUGGUUAUGAACUACAAUUUGCCAUAAACCAUCUUGGUCAUUUUGCUUUGACACUACAACUUUUGGAUAUUUUAAAUGAUACUGGAUGUCCCGAUAGUUUUGCACGAAUUGUUAAUGUAUCCUCAGACGUUCAUCGUUAUGGAACAUUGAAUUUUGAAACUCUCAACAGCAGCUGUGGAUAUUGUCCUUACACUGCUUAUCAACAAAGUAAACUGGCGAACAUUCUCUUCACGUACGAACUACAAAGGCGGUUAUCAGCUGAAGGUUGCCAGGUUACCGCAAAUGCGCUACAUCCAGGGAUUGGUGAUACAGAGUUGUUUCAAAAUGUUCCACCGUUAGUCCUAACUAUGCAAAAAUAUUUGGUAUCUUGGAUGUUUAAGCCGCCGUCAGAAUGUGCUUAUACAACAUUAUAUGUGGCAACCUCCUCCUGUCUUGAAGGUCUUGGUGGACGUUACUAUGAUAACAGUGAAGAAGUUCAGUCAAGUGAAGAGUCUUACAAUCAGGAAGUACAGCGGCGUUUGUGGGAUAUUAGUUGUGACAUGACAAAAAUCAGCCAUUAGUAGUAUUAUUAAGGGAAUACAAUAAAUGUACAGUGGCAGUGCGAACUAUGCGGCGGCGGGUCCCAAUACAGAUUGUCGGGAAACGUGCUUGAAUUUGCGAAUGCAUGAUGACUCAUGACUUGUUUUUCAUUGAAUCAGGACGUUUCUCAUCAUUUGAUUAAUCAUCUUUUUGUUAAUCAUCUUUUUAUUAAUCAUCUUUUGAUUGAUCAUCUUUUGGUGCAAAAAGACUGCAUGCUGCAUGAUUCCAAGACUCUAUAAAGAGAUCUUGUUUCCAACAAUAUCAGCGUCUUCUUAUGUCGUUCUUAUGUUAAGAUUAAGUCUAUACGACUAAGCUAACCAAGGACCCUGUUUAAAUCACUGAAAGAAAUCAUAUUUCCAACAGCUGGUUGUUUAUUGGGCGGCGACGCCGAUACAUUUCAGGGAUGUGAGAGAGGCACUCAAAUUUAAUUUAAGAUUAUAUGCAUGCAUAGUGAAUGUACAGUAAACUUGCAUAUAUACAACAUGCAGGACUUCACAGGAGGCCUUUAUGUAGUUAUAAACAUCGUUUUAUUAACGUUUCGAAAUCGAAACUAUCAACACUUUGUCAUAAAAAACAGCUGCUGUAUGUUUGGCGAAAAACAGAAAGUCAAUAUAUAUAUAUCGUCAUAAAUAAUAUCUUAUAUAAUAAUACUAUAGCAUAGAUAUAUAUCUUAUAUAAUAAUACUAUAGACAAUGUAUUCGUAUAUAUAUAUCAAUGCAAACGUCUGAAGACUAAAUAAAAUUGGAGAUAUAUUGAGAAAAAUGAGAAUUAUUUACAUGCAGAAAACAUUCAAAUUUUAAGUUUAUAACAGGUAUAAUUGUAUUUAUAUAGUCUUAUAGAGCUAUCGUAUAGACUGCUGUCUGCUGUUGUAAUUAUUAAUAAACAAUUAUUGAAUUCGGUUCUCGCAGGAUAUGAGGAAUUAUUAAGGCCGAGGUUUGUGUUAUCUGCCGAAGCCGAAGGCUGAGGCGGAUAACACAAACCGAGGCCUUGAUAAUUCCUCAUAUCCUGCGAGAACCGAAUUCAAUAAUUGUUUUAUUAUUUAUUUGCAAAAAUUUACCUUUCCUUUGAUUUAGCCAUUCGUAUUUUCCCGCUUUUAGGUUUUGGCACAAGCCGCAUAAAUUAGCGUGACGUCAUACCGUGCAAUAAUUUUUUUCAUAUCUGACGAAGUGACGUCAAACGUGCAAUAAUUUUUUUCAUAUCCGACGAAGUGACGUCACUGUCCAAAUUUGGGCAGCUGCCGAGCGGAUAUGACGAUUUCGCCAACAGCUGCUGGCCAAUCAAAACUCUUGACUCAUUUUCAAUAAA